AGUCUUUACAGCCGAGAUCACGAUUACUGGGAAAGUUUCACGUGAUGGGAUUUUGCCGGAAUUACCUAGCUACCGGCUUCCGGGAAGGUUUUCCGUCCGUCCGGCUCUGCGGACUCAAGGAGAGAAAGGAAAAAACGUUCCUCAGUGUAACCACACUUAGGACCUAAAGAUUCAUAAAUAUUCAUACACAGGUCCACAUCUGCCUCCCCAUGCAGAACUCCAUGAAAUGAAUAAAGCACCACAGCCUAUAACAGGAUCCCCCUCCAACCCCCACCCUGCCCCCUCCCCUGGCCUUUCACAGCCCUCAUUUCCCUCUGGGCAGCCCCCCUCUGUCGUGUUUGCCACCCCACCUCCACAAAUGAACCCAACACCACAGCCCCGACAGUUUGCCCCAGGGCCCCGGCCUAUACACCAACAGGGAAGCUUCAGGUCACUACAGCCCUAUUACACCAACAGGCCCAACCUGCCUCCCAGCAGUGGGCCGCGGGGCAUCCCUCCAAGCAGUGGCCCGAGGCCUGUGACACCCACCCACGUCUACCAGGCAGGCCCUGGCUCCCAAAUGAUGAUGAUCCCCGGGCAACAGUUGCCCUUCCCCAGCUCACCACAGGGACCUGCCUACUUCAUACCAGGACAGUACCGGUCAGCAACCUAUGUGGCCACACCCCAGCAAUACCCUGUCCCAGCAGGCACCCCAGGCUUCUACCCAGGCACCAGCCCAGCUGAAUAUGGUACUUAUGCAGGGGCCUACUACCCCGCCCAGCCUCAGUUUACACCCCCGGUGCAGCCGGCACCCGUUAUUAUGAACCCUGCACCUCAACAGCAGCAACCACCACCUCAGCCUCCCCAACACAUCCACACCAAACGGGAACGUAAACAGAUCAGAAUAAGAGAUCCCAACCAAGGAGGUCGAGACAUUACAGAGGAGAUUAUGUCAGGGGGCCGCAGUGGCUCCACCCCAACCCCACCACAGACAGCCAUAUCUGGAACAGAGAGUACAGUAGUGGCCCAGGCCAACGGUGAGAGCGUCGCAGCUGCUGCUACACCUGCAGUGGUUAGACCAGAUGACAGUGGGAAACCUACGCCACCUCCUCUGUCAAAGACCCCUGAACUUGCUAAGAGUGACCCUAUCCCCACUGACGCAACGUCCUCUGACACGAACACUAAGCCUUCUUCACCCCCAGUAUUAUCAGCAGCAGAGGAUAACACUCUCGACACUAUUUCCACACUUGCACCCAGCACUCUUGUUGCAGAUGUAAUGGAUGCUCCCCCACCCCCCAGGGAACCCACCCCACCUCCUCAAUCAGCGCCCGAGGUCCCUGCCUACCCUGCACCCCUGCCUGACCCUGUGCCCACCUCUGCUGCACAAGACAAAAUGGACAAGAAAGCCACAGAGGUGAUGGAGGAGGAGGAGGAGGUGGUGGUAAAAGAGGAUGAGGCUGUGGUAGAAGAGGCAGUCCUCUCCUCGGACACUUCUCUUGCACCUUCCUCCACUGCUAACGGUGUUACAGAUGUGGAGCCAGAAAGACUGUCUGUUGUGUUGCCACUCAGUCAGCUGGAGGCCCCUCUGGAGUCUCCCAUCGCACAGCCUGAGGAGCUCCGCCUCCCUAACGGCCUGCCGCUGCCUGCCCCUCAAGACCCUGAGGUGCCCAUUGUCAACUUGGCCGAGCAUGAUGACAGUCCCAUUGCUGAGCCUGACAUCAGCCAGCAACCUACCAUACACACCUCUGCAGCCACCAUUCAUGCUGCACCUACGCCUGUUGUCCAAGCUGUACCUGCAGCUGUUGACCAGCCUGGUCCUGCUGCCACUGUCCAGGAGAUUCCUUCUGAUCCAGUUGUAUAUGCAGCACCUACCCAGCUUGCGGUCAAAGACACAGUUCCUCCAGUCGCCCUGGAUGUCAAAGAUGAAACCCCAGUGCCCCAAUCCGCUGCCGAGGAAGAGAAGCCAUCGCCUGCAGAGACGGUUUCUAUAGCUGACAGCGCCCCAGAAACGGUGCCCACUCCCCCCCCUUCCACAGCAGAAGAGAGGGAGGACACUCCUCCUCCCCAGAUGGUCACCCCUGCCCUUGUAGAAACUACUAUGCAAGCUGCUGUGUCUGUGCCAAAGAAAAAGAGGAAGAUGAAGGAUCUUAACAAAAAGGAAGCAGUGGGAGACCUUUUGGAUGCCUUUAAAGAGGAGCAGGUAGUGGCCCCACCAGAGCCCGAGUCAGCCCCCACCCGAGCACCUGAGACCCAGCCACCUGCUGCUGUGUCUCCCGCCCCUGAGGAGGCAGACCUGACCUGGGAGGACAAGGAGGACAAGCUGGAUGCUGAGAACAUCCAGCCAGAAUCCCCCAAGUCACCCAGCACUGACAAGAAGUACCAGUACAAAGAGGAACAAUGGAAGCCAAUCAAUCCAGAGGAGAAGAAACAGUAUGACAGAGAGUUUCUUUUGGGCUUCCAGUUCAUCUCGGCCAGCAUGAACAAGCCUGAGGGCCUGCCAGCCAUCAGUGAUGUUGUCCUAGACAAGGCUAAUAAGACCCCACUGCGUCAACUAGACCCCAGUCGUCUACCAGGGAUGAACUGUGGUCCUGACUUCACACCCUCCUUCGCCAACCUCGGCAGGCCUGGCAUGGGAGGAGGAAACAGAGGACCACCUCCAGGCAUGGGCAUCGGAGUUGGUGGCCCACGUCGUUCUCAGCAGAUGCAAAGGAAAGAGCCAAGAAAAAUCAUCACCACCAUGUCCCUCAGUGACGAUGUGCAGUUGAACAAAGCAGAGAAGGCUUGGAAACCGUCAACUAAGAAAGCUGGUCGCGGCCGUGGAGAUGAGGAGGAUAAUGAUCUGGAAAACAUUAAGACCCAGGAGCUGUUUAAACGGGUUCGCAGCAUCCUCAACAAACUGACCCCUCAAAAGUUUCAACAGCUAAUGAAACAGGUGACGGAACUGACUAUUGACACUGAGGAGAGAUUGAAAGGCGUCAUAGAUCUUACCUUUGAAAAGGCCAUCUCCGAGCCAGACUUUUCGGUGGCCUAUGCCAACAUGUGCCGCUGCCUUAUGGGGCUUAAAGUCCAAAUCCCAGAUAAGCCGGGAGCCACUGUGAAUUUCCGCAAGCUGCUGCUAAAUCGAUGCCAGAAGGAGUUUGAAAAGGAUAAAGAUGACGACGUGAUCUUCGAGAAGAAGCAGAAGGAGCUGGAGGCUGCCUCAGAGGGGGAGAAGCAGCGGCUCAUUGAGGAGCUACAAGACUCUAAAGACAAGGCCCGGAGGCGCUCACUGGGCAAUAUCAAGUUCAUUGGUGAGCUGUUCAAGCUUAAAAUGCUCACCGAGGUCAUCAUGCAUGACUGCAUUGUAAAGCUGCUGAAAAACCAUGACGAAGAGUCCCUGGAGUGCCUCUGUAGACUGUUGUCCACCAUCGGCAAGGACCUAGACUUUGAGAAGGCCAAGCCUCGUAUGGACCAGUACUUCAACCAGAUGGAGAAAAUCAUAAAGGAAAGGAAGACCAGCUCUAGGAUCCGCUUCAUGUUGCAGGAUGUGCUGGAUCUUCGACGGAACAACUGGGUUCCCCGGCGAGGCGACCAGGGCCCUAAGACCAUCGACCAGAUCCACAAAGAGGCUGAGAUGGAGGAGCACAGGGAGCAGGCAAGGGUGCAGCAAGCCCUUGUCUCCAAGAAGGAGUUAGGCGGCGGCCCUGGAGGCAGGAUGGGUGGCGGAGGUCAAGGGGGUCGUGGAGGCCCUCACACACCGGGCCGUGGUGCACCUCCCCAGGACGAGGGCUGGAAUACAGUGCCCAUCUCCAAGAACCGACCUAUUGACACCUCUCGCCUUAGCAAAAUCACUAAGACUCCUGUUCUUGAUUUCAACAAUCAGUUGCUUGCCCCAGGAGGUAAAGGCACAUGGGGGAGCUGGGGCAAGGGCAGCAGCGGUGGCACCAGCACCAAACCUGCAGAUUCUGGCUCAGAGGCAGGAGGCCGCCCAGCCACCAGCACCCUGAACAGGUUCUCAGCCUUACAGCAGCCUCCAUCCUCUGCAGGCUCUGCACUGGACUCAGACAGGCGGGUUCCUCAGAGAAACAGCUCAAGUCGAGAACGCGGCGAUAACUUUGACCGCUCUAAUCGAGGCAGCGACCGAUUUGACAGACGGGAAGAGAGACGAGACGACCGUGAUCGAAACCGGCUGCAGAUCACCAAGCGUAGCUUCAGCCGGGAGAAUGAAGAACGGAGCCGGGAGAGGGAGCAGCGGGGGUCGGCCGAUCCUGUCCGCAGAGUAGCGAGCAUGACUGACGACAGAGACAGAAGCAGCAGAGAGAGAGCCAGGAGCAAAGAGAAUGCGAAGCGGGAGACAGCCACUCCACCACCUUCACAGACCCCCACUAAGCCAGCCUUGACCGAAGAAGAGCUGAGCAAGAAGUCCACAGCCAUCAUCGAGGAGUACCUCCAUAUCAACGACAUGAAGGAGGCCCUGCAGUGUGUGCAGGAGAUGAACAGCACUGAGCUGCUGUUUGUGUUUGUACGAAACGGGCUGGAGUCGACGCUGGAGCGCAGCACCAUCGCCAGGGAGCACAUGGGCCUGCUGCUGCACCAGCUCAUAAAGACAGGCACCCUCCCAACACUGCAGUACUACAAAGGGCUUCAGGACAUCCUGGAAGUGGCUGAAGACAUGGCAAUAGACAUCCCCCAUAUCUGGCUGUACCUAGCAGAACUGAUCACUCCUAUGCUCCAUGAGGGAGGCAUCCCCAUGGGAGAACUUUUCAGGGAGAUCUCAAAGCCUUUGAUCCCUCUGGGCAAAGCUGGAGUCCUCCUCGUCCAAAUCCUCACCUUGCUCUGCAAUGAAAUGAGCCAUAAAAAGGCAGGUACAAUGUGGAGGGAGGCUGGCCUCGGGUGGAAAGAAUUCCUACCAGAGGAUGAAGACGUCAACAAGUUUGUGACAGAACAGAAUGUGGAGUUCACAAUGGGCGACGAGUCAGAGAAAAGCAAAAAGAAGGAGCUGAACUCUGCAGAGCUGACCAAACAGCUGGACAAACUGAUCCAGGACCAGGCCGACAACCAGAGGAUCUUUGACUGGGUUGAGGCCAACCUCGAUGAGCAGCAGACCUCCUCCAACUUGUUUGUCAGAGCUCUGAUGAUGUCCGUCUGCCAGUCAGCAGUCAUCUGUGAGAACCCCUACAAGAUGGACAGUGAGAAGAUCAAACAGAGGGCCAAGCUGCUGCAGAAAUAUCUGAAGGAUGAGCAGAAGGAGCUGCAGGCUUUGUAUGCUCUGCAGGCCCUCAUGGUGCAGAUGGAGCAACCUGCCAAUCUGCUGCGGAUGUUCUUUGACAGUCUUUAUGACGAGGACGUGAUCAAAGAGGAGGCCUUCUACAAGUGGGAGUCCAGCAAAGACCCCGCCGAGCAGCAGGGCAAGGGCGUGGCCCUCAAGUCCGUCACCGCCUUCUUCACUUGGCUCCGUGAGGCUGAGGACGAGUCCGACAACAGCUAGGGCCCCUUUGGACCGCUGGGAGAACUAUUGGGAGUGGAGAGAGGAUCCUUAGAGAAAGCGAAUGUUCUGUGGAUGAUUCAGAGGACUCUGAAUCAGCAAAAUCCUUCUGCAUAAACAGAAAAAAGCAAGAAAAAAAUUCUUCAACUGGGAGAGAUUGUGUUAUGGAUCGAACGUUCGAUCAUGUUAUUUUGUUUUCUUUUUGGGUUUCUUGUUUUUCCUUGCGCAACCGAAUGUCUUUUUUGAAACAAAUAAAAACAGGGAGGAAAGAUAGGAGAGAGAAUGCUGAGAAGCGCUUCAAGCCGUGGGAGAUAAUGCUGUUUCCUUCAGAAUUUUUUUGAGGUUUAUCUCCUUUUUUCAAAUGGCUUUUUCUCGCCACGGCAACACUAUUCAAGACACUUUGCUUAAUGACAGAUAUAUUGAAAAAAGAAACUUUAAAAGGCUGUUCACAUCUAUAUUUUUGAUGACUUCAUCCUUUGUCAUGUGGGCACGACACAGCAACAUUGUCAUGUCACAUGUACGCUGUUUGAUCUACAUGCUUAUGUAGACGACUAGCUUUCUUUUUUUUUUUUCUCUCCAGUGUUGGAUGAUUGGAGUGUGUGUUUUGUAAUAAAAUAGAAAACUACAAAGAAAAGUGGUGAGAGCUGUCUAACAGACAUUACAGAUGAGAGUCAAAGUAACGGUUGAGGACGCCCGAGGAUUUCGCGCAGACUUUACGACAACGGUGUCAUGAACAUUGACCAUUUUGCUGCUGGGGGGGGGCGGCGGCUAUGCUUCGCUGACACCCCUCAACCCAACCCCAACUCUCCAGUUUACCUUCCAGUGUGUCUGUUUCACUUGUUUCCUGCGCUUCAAACUGUGGACUGAUAAAGGGAGAGCAAGAGCGCAAGGGUUCAUGGCUGCACCUUCCUACAAAGCCUGUUGUCAGAUUUUAAAAAGAUAAAAUAUCGUUAUUGAAACUUGAAAAAAAUAAACUAUACAGUAAAAAAAAAAAUCACCUUUAAUGAAAAAAGGACUUAAAGAUAGUUUAACAGUACGAAUCCUAAGGCCUUUUCUGCUUCAACAAGUGGAAAUGCAUUUCAGGAGAGUUCUGUAAAUAUAUGAUGGAUUGUUUAUUUUUUUUGUUUUGUUUUUUUUUUCUUUCCCUGUAUUUAUAUUUUUCUCUCCUCAGCUGGCAGAAGGUGCUUGUAAUUAUCCAACCCAAGUCAUUGAUUACAGUUUAAUUGAAAAUUUGUAAAUAUUUUUUUGCUUUACUUUAUUAAAAAGAUAUUUAAUUAAAGAAAAUUAAUGCCUCUUUUCACAUCCAAAACUGGAAGAGAUAAUAAAGAUUGUUGCCAAUAAAAGAAAAGCUCCCAUA